AUGGCUGCCUGCAGCACCAUCAACCGAGAGCUUAAGAAAGCACCCGGAAUCUGGCUCAAAUCAGCACAGAACAGCAUAGGGAAAGCAGAAAGACGUCAGCUCAUGGCAGCUUUCCAGAAGAUUCUCUAUGCAAAGGAGGAGCACAAACUGGAGACAGCCAUUGCAGAGCUUCAGUCCUUGCCUCAUAUGCCCUAUGUUCAGAGAGUAAACACGUUUCUUUUGCGCCAAUGUGACCCGGAGCUGACAGUUGGAGACCGCACAGAGUUUGGCCAGCUUGCCCUCGGAAAGCGUUGUCCAGCAGCAGGCUUUUUCAUGCCUUUGACUGCACAUGCCCUCACCUUGGCACCCUCAUCUGUGUGCGAAGCAGGACCAUCGACUUCGCACAAAGACGUAGGGCAGGAGACGCAGACAAUCUCCACAGCGCCAGAGGUGCAAGGAGAGAUGGCUGACUUGGGCCAAAUACAUCUGGACCACAAAAAAGAGUGUGCUGCAUUCAAUGAAGCAUACCAGCGCGCCCAUGGACUUGGUGAAUGCGUUCCUCAGUAUGCUGCUGUUAUCAAGUCCAUAACAGAAGACCUGUUAAAGUUGAACACCAGCAGCGCUGUGUUUGCAUGCAUGUUGAGGCAAAAGGCCAUGGGAAGGGCUAUCAGGCAUGGUAAAAAAAUUAAGGCACAACCAACAAGCUUGGCAAGGCGCCGACCUGGCCUACCGAGAGGUUCGGGACGCAUUCCUGCCGGCCGACCAACAGCUGGAAAAAGGAAAACAAAACGUGGACAUGUGCUCAGCCAAAGUGUGCGGGAUGAGGGACUCGCUCCGAGACAGCCGAGGUGA